AUGCGAGGACUGGUAGAUGCGACGUGGACUGUAGAUGCGACGGGGACUGGUAGAGUGCGACGGGACUUGGUAGAUGCGAACGGGGACUGGUCAGAAUGCGACGGGGACUGUAGAUGCGCGGGACUGAUGCGAUGGGACUGCGUAGAUGCGAUGCGGACUGGUAGAUGCGAUGGGACUGGUAGAUGCGAUGGGACUAGAAGGUGCAGUGGGACUGGUAGAUGCGGCAGAGUUAGUAAGUAUGACGGGGAUGGAGAGGCUGAUGAGGAUUCAGGAGAUGGCAAGGCUGGAGGAAUGGUGGGGCUGGAGAGGGAGAGCGAAAAGUCUGAAGCUAAGUACUUGUCGAAAGAAAUCCGAGAAACAGUUAAAAAAUGGAAAACUGAGAAGACGCCGCCUGCAAGAGUUCGCAACGCAGUGCGCGCGUGGCAGAUUGGGUCGGGAGAAGUCACCGCCUCCGCCGACGCGAACUUUGCGAGCCACAGUUCUGGAGCAGAGCAAGGGAGCUGCGGUGGUGCCGACCAACUCCGUGGUCAGGCCUCGAACACCCUGCAAAAGCCGCAGGAGGGUGUUCGAGGAGAGACGGAAGAGCCCAGAGACGGAAUCCUGCUGCCUCCCCGAGGACAUCAAUCGAUAAACAGAGAAACGACGGCGGCGGCGGCGGCGGCGAAGGCGCAAACGUCGACGCAGACGUUGGGGAAAAAGGGAAAGGACAGCGGUAGCGCUGACUCGUGGUGA